GAAUUUUUUUCAGAAUAAUUUUUUUAAAAAAAUGCCUCGAAUUCGUAAAAAUCAAGAUUCAAGUUUAAUUGAUGAUAAUCGUCUAUCGAUUGGUAAACGUAAUAGUAUUGGAAAUGAUUUCGAAGAACAAUUUCAUGAAGAAUGUGGUACUCAAAUCAUUGAUGAUAUUUACAUGCCUCCGCCUCCUCUUCAACCACAAAACUUGGAUGAUCAAACUGGUGAACGUUUGAUUAUUGAAACGAUCGGUAUUACCAAUUUCAAAUCUUUUGGUGGAUAUAGUCUACUUGGACCUUUUUAUAAAAGUUUUAAUUCUAUUGUCGGACCAAAUGGAAGCGGUAAAUCAAAUGUCAUUGAUUCAAUGUUGUUUGUGUUUGGCUACCGUGCUCAGAAACUUCGUUGCACGAAGAUUUCGUCAAUCAUUCAUAAUAGUGAAUUAUUGCCUGAUUGUCAAUUUGCUCAAGUUGAUGUUAAUUUUGCCAUGAUCGACGAUAAGGGUGAUGAAAAUGUCCAUAUAAUCGAUGGCACUCGAUUCACUGUCAGUCGUGUAGUUAGCAAAGAUAAUUCCUCUCAUUAUAUGAUUGACAAUCGUAAAGUGCUGUUCAAAGAUGUAUCGAAAAAACUUCAAGAAGUCGGAAUCGAUCUUCGUUAUAAUCGGUUUCUAAUUCUUCAAGGUGAAGUUGAACAGAUAUCCUUAAUGAAACCGAAAGCCGAUCCAAAUAGUGAUAUCGGUAUGUUGGAAUAUCUUGAAGAUAUAAUCGGUACCUCUCGUUACAAAGAACCAAUCGACAAACUUGCCGUUAAAUAUAAUGAAUUUAAUGAACAAAGAACUCAGUAUGUACUUCGUGCCAAUUUUGCUCAGAAAGAAAUGAAAUCAAGUGAAAAAGCUAAAAAUGAAGCCAUACAAGCUUUAGUGUUGGAAAAUAAAAUAAAAAUUGAAAAGGCAAAAAUUGUUCAAUAUCAUCGAUAUAAUCUGGCAAAAAAAAUGCAAAAACAUGAAGAAGAGUAUGCCAUAUUCGAGCGAAAAAUCAAAGAUUUGAACGAUGAAGAAGAAACCAUCGGAUUGGAGAAAGCGACACUGGAUGAAGAGGAAAAAGCCAAAACGGUACAAUUUGCUGAGAUCAAAAAAGAUGCUGAAAAAUUGAGAAUAAAAUUUCAAGAAUGUAAUAAAAAUGAUUUAUAUUUUAAUCAAAGAAGAAAAUCUACAAAAGACAAGUUGAAAAAAUUGAAAAACAAAAUUGUUGAAGAUCAAAAAAAACUAGACGAAUGGAGCGAUAUGCCGUCUCAAAAUGAUGAAUUGAUAGAAAAACUUGAACAAUCAAAGACGGAAAUGGAAUCGGAAAUCAAACAAAUUGAAGUAAAAAUGAAUGAAGAAACAGCUAUUGCACAAAAAGCUUGUUCAGAUUUAAUUCAACAACGUGAUCAGCUUAAUUUGGAAUCGAUUCAAUUCAAAGACAUGCAAAGCUCAAAAUUGGAUCAGAUGAAUGAAGCAUAUAAUCAAUACAUGGUUUACAAACAACAAGCUGAUUCAACUAAAGAUAAAUAUGAACAACAUCAAAAUAGAUUUCAACAAAUACAAGAUGAAACAAAUGAAAAGAAUCGUAUGGUUGAAAAGUAUGAGCAAGAAAUACCAGUAGAUCAAUCUAAGUUGAAAAAAUUUCAACAAAAAUUUCAAACUUUAGAACAGAAACGUAUUGAUCUAACUGAAAUGAUUAAUCAUAAAGCAACUGAACUUCUUGAUAUUCGACAAUCGGUUAAGAAGGUUCAAUCACGUGAUGCCAUUCGGAAUGCAUUGAUGGAUGCUAAACACAAAAGAAGUUUGGAAGGCAUAUACGGACGUUUGGGUGAUCUUGGUGCCAUUGAUAAAAAAUAUGAUGUUGCUGUUUCAACUGCUUGUGGUCGUUUGAAAAAUUUUGUUGUCGAUACUAUUGAUAAUGCACAAAAAUGUGUGGAAUUUUUAAAACAAAAUCAAUUACCACCAGCCACGUUCAUAGCGUUAGAUAAGCUCAGGGUUCGAUGGGAAGAAUCAGUAUCGUAUCCCGAAAGAGUUUCUCGUCUAUUUGAUUUGGUCCGUAUAAAUGAUGAGCAAAUUCGUCCUGCAUUUUACUAUGCGUUGGGUGAAACUUUGGUUGCCCAAGAUAUUGAUCAAGCCCGGCGUAUUACUCGUCAAAAUCGAUAUCGCGUUGUAACUUUAAGUGGUGAUCUGAUCGAAAUGGAUGGUGCCAUGACUGGUGGCGGUAGGCCUAAAUCCGGUGGCAUGGGACAGUCGAUUACUGAGACCGGGUCCGAAGAAUCCGAAGAAAAAGCGGUCAUACUUGAGAAUGAAAUCGAAUCGUUAAAAGCGGAACGACAAAAUAUUGAUAACGAAAUCGAUAAUAUCCGUAAUAAUAUCACCCAUUUGGAAAGAGAUUUAAAAUUCAUGGAAGAAAAAGUGAACAGCUUUCAAUUGGAUAUAAAAGAAUCGGCUAAUCGAUUGAAAUUAGUUCAGGAAAAUAUCAAACGGCAAAAGAUUGAAAUGGAGAAGCUAAAAAAAAAUCCGCAAUUAGAUGAUGCCGAACAACUAUAUCUAAAAGCUAAACAAGUUUAUGAAAAAUCCAUGUCCGAAAUGGAUUCACUACAAGAUAAGGUUAAAGAUCUUGAUAAUUUAAUCAAUGAAAAAAUUAAUGAACGUAUGGGUCCAUUGAAAAAAAGACGUAAAACGUUGGAAAAAAAUCUGAAAGAAAAUCAAACGCAUUUGAACCAACUUGUUUCGGAAAAGACGGCUGCUGAAUUAAAUUUGAAAAAAGUUGAAGAAGCAUUGGCUAAUAAUAUGAAAAGUCAACAAGAAACUGAACAAGAGAUGGAAGAAAUUAAGAAACAAAUUGCAGAACUUGAAAUCGUUGCCAAAGAAAUAACUGAAAAAUAUGAAAAUGCUCAAGAAGAAUGUCAUAAAAAAGAACAGGAGCUCAAUGAUCUUCGAACACGAGUACGUGAAAUCGAUGCCAAGUUUAAUGCGAUCAAAAAUAGUGAAUUAGAUUUGAAAUUGGAAUCCGAAGAAAAGUUUAAAUUUUUGAAUGAAAAACGUGAAAAAAUAGCUAGAUAUCUGGCUGAAUUGGAAUCGAUUAAAUUGGAUCCGAUUGAUGAAGACGAAGAUGAUCAACAACAAAUGGAAAUUGAUGAUCAAACACCUGAAACAAACGUGAAAUCAUCAGAACAAGAAAAAUCAAAGAAGGAACAUAUGAUCAUUCCUAUACUAUCCGAUGAAGAAUUAGAACAUUUGUCUGUUGACAUGAUUGAAAAAAAUAUCAAAUCCUUUCACCAUGAGCGGCAAAAUUUAUCACCAAAUUUUGGAGCUAUCGAAACAUUCCGUAAAAAUCGACGUGAUUAUCUAUCGAAAGUUGCUGAUCUGGAUGACAUUACAGCUAAACGUGAUUUGUAUAUGGAACAUUUGAGAGAAACAAAAGAUCGUCGUUUUAAAGAAUUCAAAACUGGCUAUCUAAUUAUUGCACGUAAAUUGAAAGAAUUGUAUCGAUCAAUUACAUUGGGUGGUGAUGCCGAUCUAGAAUUUAUCGAUUCAUUGGAUCCAUUCUCCGAAGGAAUUAAUUAUGCUGUAAGACCGAAUAAAAAAACCUGGAAGAUAAAUAUCCAUCUAUCGGGUGGUGAGAAAACAUUAGCAUCAUUGGCCCUAAUAUUUGCACUUCAUUAUUAUAAACCAUCACCAUUAUAUAUAAUGGAUGAAAUUGAUGCUGCAUUGGAUUUCAAAAAUGUAUCAAUCAUUGCCAAUUAUAUUAAAAAACGAACACGUAAUACACAAUUUUUGAUUAUCUCUUUACGAAACAACAUGUACGAAUUGGCCGAUCGUUUAAUUGGUAUUUAUAAAACAUUCAACAUAACUAAAUCAAUUCCAUUUGAUCCAAUUGAAUUUGAUCGAAAAUUUGAUGUGAAAAAUUCGUGUACACAAUCAACAAUCAACACACAGACCACGACGGCUACACAACAAUCACAACAACCUAUGGAAAAUUAAUUGUCAAAAAGCAAAAAUUUUUCUCUUUUUUUUAUCAAUGUUCAUUUAAUGCAAAAAAUCUUUUUUUUUAAGAAUAAACAA